ACCAUGGAGUUUGGAAAAGUUCAUCUGAACCUAAAGACCAUGUUGCUGACGAUGAUGAUGUUCAAAUGGGGAAUCCUCUGCACCGCCACAUCAGAUAAAUGUUUGUCUGAACCCUGCCAGAAUGGAGCUACGUGCGUGGACACUAUGGACGAUUACGCCUGUAUCUGUGCCAGAGAGGGAGUCCGAUACAUGGGCAAAAACUGUGAUGAACUCUACGAUGCCUGCGCCUUUGCACCAUGUGAAGACUGUACCAGCAGCCCCGGUACCACAGAGUACCACUGCAUCUGCCCGGACGGACUGACGGGUGAUAACUGCACGGAGGAGGUGGACGAGUGUCAGAGCAACCCCUGCUCCGAACCCCGUUCCAUGUGCGUAGACCAGCUGAACGGAUACUUCUGCAGAUGUCCUGCAGGGUUCGGAGGACAGGACUGCGGGACUCAUGUGACUGACUGCAUCGAUGAACCCUGCAGGAACAACGGGACUUGUGUAUUACGACCAGAGGGCUUCGAAUGCCACUGCGCACCAGGGUUCGAGGGGAAGACUUGCGAGGAAGACGUGAACGAGUGUUCGUCAGAGCCUUGUCAGAACGGAGCCAUCUGUUUGGACGGAGUGGCACAGUUCCAUUGCUUCUGUGUGCCUGGUUUUCAGGGAUACAACUGUGAAAUUGACAUCAACGAGUGUGCGUCACGACCCUGUGAGAACAACGCCACCUGCAUCAACGAGAAGGACCACUACGAGUGUGAGUGCCUGGCGGGUUUUACAGGAGUCAACUGUGAAAUUGAAAUAGAUGAGUGCGAGUCCAGCCCCUGCCGCAAUGGAGCCACCUGCCACGACCUCAUCGCCACGUACUCGUGUGAAUGUCUGCCUGGGUUCGACGGCGUUGACUGUGAGGUCGAUGUCGAUGAGUGUGCCAGUGAGCCCUGUCAGAAUGGAGCCGUCUGUCAUGACAUGGUGAACAGCUACAAAUGUGACUGCACUGAUACGGGAUUCCAUGGUGACCGCUGUGAAGUGGACAUCCCAGAGUGUGCCUCUGAUCCCUGCCAGCAUGGUGCCACAUGUCUAGAGGGAGUCAAAGGAUACGCCUGCCUCUGCUGGCCAGGUUAUGAAGGCCCAAACUGCGAGAUCGACAUAAACGAGUGCGCCGAUCAGCCUUGUGAGAACGGCGGGGAGUGUUUUGAGCGCUCCGACCCAUCCCACUGGGAGCUGGAAUGGGAGCUCAGCUUUGCGGAUGCAGCUGGAUACAUUUGCCAGUGUCAGCCCGGGUUUGCAGGAGAGAACUGCUCGGUCAACAUUGAUGAGUGUGAGUCUGAACCCUGCCAGAAUGGAGGCACUUGUGAGGAUAGGAUCAGCGGCUACACCUGUACAUGCCCUGUUGGAUUUCUAGGUGAACUGUGUGAAGUGAACAUUGAUGAAUGUGAGAGCCAGCCCUGUCAGAACGGCGGCUGGUGUGAAGACGGCAGGGCGUCCUACACCUGCCACUGUCCUGACGCCGAGCCGAGUGAACUUCCCUGGGGAGGAGAUCAUUGCGACGUGAAACUGCUCGGCUGUGUGGACCACGAAUGCCAGAACGGAGCCACCUGCCUUCCCUGGCUGGAGAAUGGAGAACACGGCCACACAUGCUUGUGCCCUCAUGGUUUCUACGAUGAGCAGUGCUCCACGAGAACGACCUUCUCCUUCUCCACUCCUGGAUUCAUUCACAUCCAGGUUGUCCUAGAAGAAAGGUCCCGGAGGGAGGUGGAGCACCAUGUUCACCAAGGUUUUGGGGUACAGCUACGGUUCCGGACCACCCUACCCAACAUGUUGCUUGUCUACAGAGGGGAUGUUGACAACCACCUCCUCUUAGAGAUUGUAAAUGGUGGUCUUCGGGCAAAAGCUCUUUCUGAGGAGUCUGAACUGGAUGUUACAUUUCCAGGCUUAGUUAGUGAUGGAGAUUGGCGGGAUGCUCAUGUGUUUGUAGAUAAAGAAGGUCUGGUUUUGAUUCUGAAAGGCCCUGGUUGUGACAGGGAUGGGUGCAGAGUUACGGAUGGUGGUACAGAUGAAUCACCUUUCCAGCCCUCUGAAGCCUUCACUCACAUUUAUGUAGGUGGGGCACCGGAGGAGCUUUUGGAGUACUCAGUAAGCGGUGCAAGCUUCAUUGGAUGUAUGGAAGACCUGAUGAUAGACUCUAAGCCUAUCCUACCCCAAACACUUCCAGAGGAUCAAGGCCACGAGCUGGGAUGUAGUAAGACUGAAUGGUGUGAGCCUGACCCUUGCCAUGGACAUGGCCGGUGUGUGGACCUGUGGACCAGCUACCAGUGCGACUGCUACCGUCCAUUCCACAGUGAGAGCUGCUCUGAUGAAUUCCCUUCAUGGACGUACAGCCAUGAGGAUACAGUUAGUUUCAGUGUCUACGAAGUGGGUAAGAGCCACGGGAGCAACUUCAACGUGUCCUUCUUCCUGAGGUCAUUGAAGCCAGAUGGGCUGCUCUUCCAGCUGAGAAGACCCACAGAAGAAGAGGGGGGAGAGGUCUACUUCUCACUCUAUCUGGGGAUGGGGAGGGUUUUAGUCAGCUCUCUGCCUAACAGUGUCCCACUGACAGCUCCAAUAUUUGUGACCACCGGUGAGAAGCAGCUUCUGCAGGUGGAAGUCCAACAGAGACAGGUGAUCUUUGAGCAUGCAGGCCUUCGCUACGGAAUAGGAGAGAUCCCCGAGGUGAACAUUAACAGUGGAGAUCAGGCCUUUAUAGGAGGACUUCCAGGAGAAUGGGGCUCUGAUGGGUGGGGAGGCCAUUACAAAGGAUGCUUGCAGGACCUUUGUUUAGACUCCGUGCAUCUAGAUGUGGAUGACUGGAACAGCUCGGAUGAGGAGGAAAUAUAUUUGCCAAGUAUUACGGAAAACGUGAAGAAGGGCUGUGUCAGUGAUGAUACUUGUAAGACGAAGCCUUGUCUAAAUGGAGGGGAAUGCACCAUUACAUUCAACGACUUUACAUGCUCCUGUCUGGAGGAAUACACCGGAAAGACCUGUGAAACACGUGUGUGGUGCGUUAGUGACCCCUGUGCCAAUGGCGGCCAUUGUGUGGACCUCCCCGAUGGAUAUGAAUGUGUGUACAACGCCACAUUUGAGAACAACCCUGUGCAGUACAGUGCUGGAGGCUCCCUGGCCGAACCCGUCUCCGAUUUGUACGUGGAGCUGCGGACUCGAUCAGAGAACGCCAUGCUCCUGAGGGCCUCCUGGGGCUCUGACCUGCUUCUGGUGGGUUUGCUGGAUUCUUCGGUCCGAGUGGAGAUCCACACUGGCAACAGCGUGGAGGCUCUGACCUUCACAGGAGUUCGUCGAGUGGCUGACGGGAGCUGGCAUCGCGUGAACAUUUCGAUGGCUGAGAAGGAACGCAAAGCCUCUUCCUGGGUCAUCACUGUGGACGGGAUCACGGACACCAGCAGCUCACCAGAGCGCACGGGAAGCCUGCACUUUCUCAACGAGAAGGGGGCCACACUUGCCAUUGCUGAGAGCUUCACUGGCUGCUUGGGCGCAGUGAGAGUCGGUGGAGUCUACCUUCCUUUUAUGGAUGACUACAAAGCCCCGCAGCCAUCUCAGUUCCAUUUAGUUGGAAAACCAAAGAUUCAUUUAGGUUGCACUAGUGCCCCGGUUUGUGAUUCAGAUCCUUGUCUAAAUGGAGCUACAUGCGAGGACCUGUUUAAUCAGUUUGGCUGUGUGUGCGACUCUGGCUGGGAGGGCGAACAGUGUGAGACAGACACCGACGACUGUGCGACUCAGCCCUGCGUGCACGGAACCUGCAGGGACUACUUAGCUGGCUUCGAGUGCCUUUGCCGCCAAGGAUAUGCUGGCACGCUCUGUGACGAAGACCUGGACGAGUGCGAACAUCACGCUUGCGAACACGGAGGCACCUGUCAGGACGGACCCAACAUGUACACUUGCAUUUGCCCCAAGGACUACAGUGGCCCCCUCUGCCAGUGGGACUAUCCUCCAAUACAGUGUGGUAAAGAUGUCCAGUGUGACAACGAUGGUAUCUGCAGUGACGGGCUGUGGGGAGCUAACUGCACAUGCAUGCCGGGUUUUACAGGCAGCAGCUGUGAAACAGAGAUCAACGAGUGUGAGUCUAACCCCUGUCGAAACGGAGGUUCCUGUUUGGAUCGAUUCAACAUGUUUGUGUGUGAAUGCCCGCCUGGUUACAGUGGCCCCAUCUGUGACACUAACAAACAAGCUCAUAAGCAGGGCAUCCCCUGGCUGGUGGUCGCCAUCCCGCUGCUCUGCUUGUGCGUGCUCAUACUGAUCAUUGGCUUGACCUUCAUGGCGCUCACGGCGAGGAAAAAGCGCCAGUCGGAGGGCGCGUAUAGCCCUAGUUCCCAGGAGCUGGCCGGGGCUCGGCUGGAGAUGGACAGCAUGCUCAAAGUCCCGCCGGAGGAGAGACUCAUCUGAUGUCACAAAGUCUGGGAAAUCAAAGGUGACCCGAGGAGAGGUGACCCGAGCACUGCGGUCCAGGUGCGCAGAACUAACUGUGAAACUUUGAGAGAACACCUGGGCUGAACUGAAGGACAGAUGUUGUUGGAGACAACCCCCUGCUGGUGGAGACCGGGUACUGACCUACUGCUGCUGCUCUGUCAUUUAACAGAAAUGUAUUAACCCUGUGCUGCUGUAGGUGUGUUUUCUGAGAAAACAGCCCUGAGUCCUCUACACCCCAGAAACCCACUGACAGGACCACACGCUGCUUGUUUGUGGCAGGGCCUUAACCUGUUUUAAUAGUUGUAGCUUGUGUACAGACGACAACUGAAGGGCUUUACUUCAACUAUCACUGCACAGUCAGUAGCUAAAGAUAAAACGACGUCGGCUCUGAGAAAAACUCCAGAUUGUACUGGAGUGACUGGAAAAAUGUUUCAACUUCUCUAACAGAAGGCUGGUUGAAUUUUUUUUUUCUUUUAACGACCUCACCUCG